GAGAAAACAGUCCACAAAGAAAAGAAGAAGGAGAUAGUAGAGGAUGAGGAAAAUGGAGCUGAAGAGGAUGAGGAAGAGAAUCCUGAGGAUGUGGAUGAAGAUGAAGGUGGUGAUGAGGAUGAAGAUGGAGAUGAGAAUGGGCAAGAGCAGGAUGGACAUGCAGAAAAACGAUCCGCAGAGGAAGAAGAGGAUGAAGUGGAUCCAAAGAGACAGAAGACAGAAAAUGGAUCUUCAGCUUGAGUCCUCCCCUCCCAUCUCUUCUGUUCCGUCCAUCUCUCCUCCUCCAUUCCAGCCCAUGCUUGCACUGUCCAUUAGCCUCUGGCUUCACACAGUCUCAGAUGAGGAAAGAUUAGAAAUGCUCUCGGACAGGGAAGACAGCAGUUUCCUUCCCACCUGAAGAUCUAGCCCAUCUAUGACAUUCCCCAGCUGAAAUUACUCCAGUCCCUCACAUCCUUUCAACUGUACCCCACUUAAAAAUGAUCCUUUCCCUUCAAGAAUCUCAUCUUUUCCUGUCUCCCAGUAAGUAACCUUACCAGGCCCGUAUGCCAAACUCUUCACAUGGCAAACACCUCUCAUUCUGUUUCACUUGUCCUCUCUUUUCACUAACAUGACCGGCUUCUGCUUCUAAGACCUGCUGUCUCAAAUAUCCUCCCUGGAUCCAGGAGGCUGUGGGCACAGAUCUCAUGGUGCAUUUUCCAGUCCUAGGUCUCCUUUCAUCUUCUUUCCCGUUGAACCCUGAGAGACAAAGAGAAAGAAUAUUACAAGCAAAUAAUGUUUCUAUUAAACCACACACAGAGACAGAAUUUAUUUUAACCUUUUUUUUUUUUAAGUUUACAUGACAGACAGCAAGCUGGCCCUCGUGAAUUUUUUCAGAAGAUAAAGGUUGUUUUUAUAUAUGAAUUUCAUCUGAACUGCAUAUUUUUUUUAAUUUGGAGGCUUUUUUAAAACAAAUCAAGAGAUAAACAAUUAAUUGAGGACCAAACUUUGAUUUCCAUUUUUCCCUUCAGAUUCUCUUGUGACCAUUUUUUUGUAAAUUAAAGGCAAUACAGCCACAGCAUUUUCUAUGGCACAAACAUCACGAGGAUGAUAGAUAUAAAUAUAUAUAUUGUUUUCAACUAGCACUGUAAAUAAAAGCAUUUAAAAAUAUUUCAAACA